GAAAAAUUUAAAAAUUCGAACCGAUCAACAUCUUAAGUUGCAUUUCGUUCAUAGUUUCACCGGUUGAACUGCAGGUUCUAUUUAGUGUGAAUACGAGAUCUUUGGAUUUAAGCAAUUUGAAUUAUUUUGUCUUUGAAGUUCUUUUCCUCUGCAGUAGAGCAUGUUGUGUCGCCAUAUUGAAUUAAAUUAGUAGAAAUUCAGGCAGACGAUUUGUAUUCGGCACAACAAUGUAUAACCAAGAAAAGAUGUUUGUUUGUCUUCUAUGUUCCCAUGUAGGUAAAAAAAAAGUAUAUGGAAGUUGAGAUUGCUUUCAUAUUAGGUCAUGCAAGAGAAGAUGGUUUAAUGGUUUCGAUUGUUAGACGAGCAAGUCGCAAUUAAGCAUGAGAAGCCAUGUGAUGGAAACACAUGUACCAGAAGAGUCAUUUUAUAAAAAAAGUAACACAUGUGUUGAUAAACAGGUUAAUUUUUCAGCAAACCAACAUAUCUGCCAAAUCUGUCUCAAGUCAUUUAGAGAAAAAUGGCAUCUGAAGAACCACAUGCGAUCUCAUGCCCCACGAAUGAAACGUAGGAAAAAGCAUACCUUGUCUCAUACAGAACAGUUCUUCCACAGUGACAGUUUGCAACCUGUUCGUCGGAGUAGCAGAAGAGCAAAGCACCCAUUGCCAAACGAUGAGCAUGAUAAGGAUACAGCAGUGUGUAAACCCCUUCAGAAUACCGAUCUCCAGUCACACAUUAGUAGUCAAGAUUCCUCUUUUGUUGGCGUGAACUGCUGGCCGAAGGUUGUUCUUUCUUCUCACUUGAAUCAUCUUUUGUGUCGCACCUUUGGAGGGCACGCCAAAGUAUAAAAUACCCGAGAUUCAACUGUAUUCCAAUACUCGUGAUUGAUGUUACAAAGCGGUUGGUCUGCACGUGCACUUUACACUUGCUAAUAUUUAAAAUGAAUGUGUGUGCUAACUAAUGUCAUAUUAUUUCCAUUUUAUUACUUAGGCUACUGUUCAUUAAUGGCUCAAGGCUUCACUUUUGAAAAUCCGUAGUUAUUGUGGCAACUAAAAAACAACCAUCUUUCUAUUCCCCAUCUUAAUAUGAAACGAUAGUAGUGACAGCUUUUACAGAUGCGUAUUGUAAUGUGGAUCAUCUACGAACAGUUAACUAGAACUCAAGUAGUUUAACCUAAAAGAAUCGCCCCGUCUGUAUGCGUACAUUGAGGAUCAUAUUAUCAUCGAAACUUUUCCAUUGGGAAAUUGAUAUAGUACUAUAAAAUUCCUGACAACCAUCAAUAAUCAUAGCAUGCACUAUAACUGUCAUGUGUCGUCUUUAAAAGACGUCUAUCCGUAUCCUAGAUCAUCACAAUGAUAUUCCUCAUCAAAUUGCUAAUCGUCUCCGGCAUCGUAAUACUCGGACCGUUGAAAUGCUUUUCUAUUCAGAUUAAACUACAUGUUAUAUGUAUAUAGUUACACAUUAACGUGCACGCGGCUAAAACAGAACAAUAAACAGUAUUUAUAAGCUUGUA